CUUUUUGAGGUCGUCUGCUGUUAGCUACUUGAGUUGGUUAGUUGGUAUAAGGACAGAGCUUUUGCCAUGAAUUUCAUGCGGAAACAUUUAACUAAAAACGCUAACAAAGAUACUAACUUGCCUGUAUCUUUCGACUGUCGCAGACUAACAUCACUUUUCAAUCAGUACAUACACGCUCAAAACAAUGAUAAUAAAGAUAUUAUUUUAUACAACACACUCCCAUACUUCUGCAAGGUUUUUCACGAUGCCCAGCCCGUCGACUUUGUCGAUAAAUUCCCAGAUAUACAUAUAUUUUGUGCACGUAUCUCCCAACUGUUUGUGCGUGAAAUUAAGUCCAGAGCAGCAAACAAGUCUUCAGAGGAAGGAAGUCUUACUAUAGCCCAGUUUCUUGAACCGGAUGAGAACAUCGGGGAUUGUAUGGAAGUUACCGAUUCUGAGCAUGCUAUAAUCACUAACAAAGGAUCAUACCUACUAAACUCUUUGAAUUUGAUGAGCACUGGACAUGCCAGUUUAAUUGAAUGCAUGGCGGCCGCUUCAGUACCAUCUACGUUGGUUAAAUGCUUGUACAUAUUCCUCGAUCUUCCUGAAAAAUACUCCACUGGAUGUAAAUUCCAUUCAAAGUUCCGAGAACUACUUCAACGGCUGUGUUUGUAUCCUGUAGUAGCCGAAGAAUUAUCGCGUAAAGAUGCUUUGUGUCAUCUUUUCAAUGCUUUAACAGAUUGGUGUGCACCUCAUAAUGCUCCUUGGAGAAUGACAACCACUGUGAUAUUAUCUACAAUCGCCCAGAAUUCUCUAACUCCUAUUGUAACAAAACGCAUACAUGAUUCGGAACAUAUUCGUCAUUGUCUUGAGAAUUUCUCUGAAAGCAAAUCAGGUUCGAAAGAAUUUGUUAACGGUUUCGUCUCACUACUACAUGUUAUUCGAGAAUCAUCUGUUAAUGACCAAAUUCUCUUGGAUGAUUUCCGCAAUAAUAAUGGAUACCUCGUACUGAGUGACUUUUGUCUCAAACUCGAGGAAAAUCGAUCUCCAGACUCUGAAGUCUCCUUAGAAACUCUUUUAGAUCUUGUUGGUCAACUGGCCUCCUGCGGCCCUGUAGAACUUCGUCCUAAGGCAGGGGCUGGAGAGCAAAUCCAUAAAAUUCCAGGGUUUCGCAUCCACAUGCCGAAAACUCAAGCCAGAAAAAGUGUACGUAACAUGUAUGCAUUUGAUGUACUGCAAUCGCUGUUCAACAGCUCUUCAACAAAUAAUCUCGGUUUGCUUGUUUUGAAGACGGUCCAGUCAAUUUUUCUCCAGGAUUUAUCAAAUUAUUUCAUUUUAGAACAGCAAAAUAUACUGGUUGCCUUUGCCAAAAAAAUAUUUGAAAAAUCAUAUGAAAUUCAGGAGGCCUAUUUUGAUUUACUUGAAGUGCUGGUGAAAAAAUUACACUAUGUAUUCAUGAAAGAAAUCAGCAGUAUUGUCGUUCAAAUGAAAUUAUUUAACUUAUCCCCUUCUCUUGUUAUUGCCUAUCGUCAUUUUAUUCAACUUCUACGAAUCAGUCCAGUUUUUAAAGAUGUUUUUCAUGAUGUUGGAUUAAUUGAAUUGAGUGUAGAUCUAUUAAACUAUUUCAUUGAUACGGUGGAGACGUAUUCUAAUCCUUCUACAAUACCCAGUCCCGCAUGUUCAUUGGAAUCACUCAAAGAAAUUGGAGAUCAUCUUUUGAAAUUUUUACAAUAUACCAUCACUUCACAUGCGCAAAAUGGUGAUGUUUUUAUUCGUUUGGGUGCCGCCAAUUGCCUAUUGAAUCGUAUACUUCAUACAAAUGCAAAAAAACAUAUUACUUCUUUACGCUCAUCUGCAUUGAUGAUUUAUGAAGAAUUAAUGCUCAGCAAUGGUGGAGAAGAGUUAAUGCCAAAUUUAUUAGAAAAUAUGCAUCAUGCUUAUGGUGAUUUAAAGAUUAAUAUUUUAUGUUCAUUUUGUCGUGUUCUACGUGAAUCGCAUCGAUGUAGAACUGUUUUUCGAAAACUUAACGGAUUUGUCUAUGUGAUGCAAGAAUUAAUUUAUUUAGAAGGUUGUUUAGAUUUAUUUACAUCAACUGUCAAUUCAUUUCAAUUAUCCAAAGAAGAUUCAUCAUCAUCAUUGUCAUCCUCACCGAAAUACACAAUUUCAUCUUCAGAAUCUGGUACACCACAGGAACAUCACUCUCAUUUAUCGCGUAAAACAUUUUUGUCAAGUUUGACAUAUCCUCAAUUAUUUAUUUUGAUCAAAUCUAUCUUUUCCACUUUGGGAAUUGCCAUGAAAUUUGAACCGGCCAAUGCGCAUUAUUUUGUGACUGAGAUUCAAUAUAACACUUUAAUGGAUGCAGUUCUAUCUCUUGGUUCAAAUAAACAAGAAAUUGAUAAUUUCACUACUAAUUCUUCUGAUCAAUUCAUAUCUAUAAAUGUCAAUGAGUUGAUGAAUGGAUUCAGUGAUUCACCAUGUCAUCAUGCAAGAAGUAUGAGAUCUAAAUAUUUAUAUGCAUUAUUUAUGAAUAUAAAAUUAAUGGAAUCAGUGUUACUAUCACCUUCAUUAGUAAUGACAUCUAAUUUGGAUAAGAUAAAAAUGGAUAGUUAUUCUGUGAUGAAUCAAUCUUCCUUUGAUAUGGUUGUUAAUCUACCUAGACGAAUUGUAGAAUGGUGUCUUAUUUUUAGGUAUUUUUAUAAUUUAGCAAUUGACGCUUACGAUCGAGAUUCUAUUCGUUCAAUUUUAUUGGAUACAAAUGUGAAUUAUUCAAAUCUUCAACCUAAUAAUCAUAGUGAUGCAACUCUUACUACAACUGUUGAGAAUACUGAUAGUACUGUUGGAUAUACUGCAUUAUCUAUUAUCAAUAGUAAUAAUAAUGAUUCCGAUAAUAAUAAUAAUAAUAAUAAUAAUAAUAAUACACUGUUAAAUAUAGCAGACAUUCUCAUUAUUCAUCCAGAUGCAGUUAUUGGUCUGUUAAAAAUUAUUGCUAAUUUAAGUGAAUGUUUAAAUAACGAAUCUCAUCACCCAUCGUCGGAUGAUGAUGAUGAUGAAGAUCUGUGUAUUGAUUUUCAAAAUUGUUUGUUAACUGUAAUCGCUGAUCUAUUACACAGUGAACGUAAUCAACAGUUGAUGUGUAAUGUGUAUAUGCCUCGUGAACUGCUUAAUUUAUUUCAUAAACCAUUAGCCAAUGAUAACCAUCCCUUACAUGAACAAAUUCGCAGUCUUUUUGAAUGCUUGGCCAUUCAAGCCUUAACUCCUAAUGAUCUUCGUGAAUUUCUUCGACUUUCUGAUACAUUGUCAAAAUUAGAUGCCAGUUUAGUAUAUCCUACUGAAAGUAAUAGUUUAUUGAAUUCAUCAUUUAGUUUAUCAGAUGAAGCAAAAAUUUUAUUAUCUAAAUCUUUAUCGUUUCGUUUAAAUCCAUUAACAUUAAGUCAGAUUAAAUGUCUAAUAACUAUGUCAACUCCAUCUCAUGUAGAAUUUAAUAAACAAAUUAUUCGACGUGAUUCACGUAUUAAUUAUUCUCAGAUCCGAUCGAAUUCAACGAUGAAUUCUGAAUUUGGCCUGUCUGUUUCACCUCCAUUUGUUGAAUUCAAUAUGUCCACUGAAGGAUUCGGUUGUUUAUUUCUGCCAUCGAUUGCACCACAAGGAUCAUCUUCAGUUGCACAUUUAUGCGGGGCUGUUGCUGCUAAUUCUCCAGGGAAUACAGCUAAUAGUUCAAUGAAUGAUGUAAAUGCAGGUGGCGGUGUUGGAUCAGGAGAACGCUCAUUUCCUCCAUCCUGUGGAUUUACGUAUUCUGCAUGGGUUUCUGUAUCACAAUUUGAUAGUGUAACAAAUAAUUCUUAUGAUAUUGAUGCUAUGAAACAAUCUUUUCAACAACCACAAGCUGUACAUUUGUUGACACUUGUACGAGGGGUUCAAAGUGUUAAUGAUCAAUUAGUAUUUUUGCGAAUUUAUAUACAUCCAGUCAACCAUUAUUUAGUUGUUUCCACUCAAGAACGUCUUUUACAACCAGGUCAGUCUUGUGAUAUAGAUAUAGAUUGCUCAACCUUGUUGAAUAAUAAUAAUAAUACAGAUCAAUCAACAACUAUCGAAUCCGAUUCAAAUAUGAAAAAUGCUAUUGCAACUGGUACAUGUGCGGUGUUCCCAUGUGGUUUCCCACCAAAUAGCUCUAAUGAAUGGCCUUUAGAUGUUUGGCGUCAUGUUGUCGUUGUAUUUAAUCGUGCUGGAAUGAUUAAAACUAGUUCGUGUAGUUUAUAUUUAGAUGGUCAUUUUAUUGGAAGCCGUCGAGUCACUUACAUCGGAGCAUCGUCAGCAUCAAAUGCACUUGGGCGUAAUAUUAUGCCUUCAUCAUUAUGUGGUUUUGUUGGUACACUCGCAUCUAUGCGUAGAUCUAGCAAACUAUUGUGGAAGAUAGGACCAUUUCAUUUCAUUGAAGAACCAUUAACGGCUAAUCGUAUUGCUAUAAUGACUAAACUUGGACCAAACUAUAUGGGUAGUUUUCAGGCCAUACCUUCGAUGCCGUCAUUUGUACGACCAGAUGUGGAUGAGUCGAAUUUUCCAUUAUUUUCAGAAGAUAAACUUGUCUUUGGGAUCUAUGCAUGCAAUAUGUCAACUCUUACAUUAAGUAGGAUUCGUAAAGUUUAUAAUCAGUGUGAUGCUAAAGCGAUAGCACGACAAUUUUAUCUAUCACCGAAAGAAAAUGCUACACCUAUACGUAUUUUGCGUAAUUCAGCUUUACAUUUAAAUGGUCCAGCUAGGCCACUUGGUGCAGUACUUGUCGGAUAUCAAGGAGUCCGAACAUUCAACCCUAGUCCUGUUUGUCGUCUUAUUCAUUGUGUCACAGGUGGUGAAGGUAUGCGAAUCGGUUUAGCAUUGAUUGCUAUGGCACAAGAUGUCGAAACAUUGUAUGCAUCGAAUAAAGCAGCUUGUACAUUAAUCAGAUGCAAUGCAGCUGCAUCGAUUGAAAUGUUACGGACUAGUGGUUAUCAAAUAUAUGCUGUUCUAUUGCGUCGUAAACGUCAUCUGCUCACUACUAGAAUAUUGGACUCAAUUCUCAGUUUAACACUGAAUAUGAAUUCAUGGACUGAUAGAUCUCCUACAUCACAGACAUUUCCUUCCAUUGAUCAUCCAGCUUUUGAAGAUUUAGUCUGUGAUCUUGAUUUGUGGCGUAUUGAACGUGAAUUAACUAACGAUGCAGAUAUUCGCAUUCGACACAAUGCGUUGAUCAAUGGACAAACAAUGAAUGAUGAAAUAAUUACGCACCAACAUCAACAGCAACAUUUCGAUGAAAGAAUACAUUUUAUCGAAGAUGAUUAUCAAUUAGUAGCCAGUCUUAUUUCACAUUUAAUUGAACUACUACCGAAUCCAUUACCGAAAUCAAAUUUCCUACCUAAUGGUAGUAAUAAUAAUAAUAAUAAGUCAUCAAAUAAUUGUGCAGCAUACUCACCUACUGGGAGUAAUGAUAAAUUUGAUUUAAUUAUUCAUCCAAUAUGGAAUGUAAUAUUUGAUCGUGUUAUUUAUCUAUUAAUGAAUGCGUAUUCAAAUUGGACACAAGGGAAUUAUAGGCAUCAUUUAAUAAUUGACGUAAUUGGACGAGUGAAUUUUACCAAUUCAAGUCUUUCAUUUAUACGAAUGUGCUUAUCUACGUUCGCAUCACCAAAAUGGCUUUUACGAUUUUGUCAAUUAAUUGUUUGGACGUUACCGAGCAGUUCACAAACAAAUGAAACAGUUAUUUCACUUGACCAGUCCUAUGUACAAACAUCAAAUAGUGGUGGUGAUGAUGGCAUACUUAUGCUAUCCACUGAAUUGUCAAAAUAUCUUAUUAUCUUGAGAAAUCGUUGUUUAGAAUCACUUAUUCACCUGAUCACAGAAACAGAUGGUAUAAAUGAGAGAUUUUGUAAUGAGCUAUUAGGAGCAGUGGGUUUUGAUUGGUUCUACUUGUUGUUACGUCCAAAUAUACAUUCAUCCACCAUUUCCUAUGCAUUACAUUUAUUGUUAUUAUUAAUUUUAAAUCCUGGUCAUUCAUUCACUUCAAAUUGUACUAUAUUACAACAAAAUUUAUCAUUUAUUCUAACACAAAUGGAAGCAAACUCAGAUUCUUCAUUCAACGAAGCAUUACCGACUACAAAUCAUCUUCAAAAAUGUUUAGACAGUGAUUGUGUAGUUGCUUUUCGACUAGGCUGCCCUGCUGGACGCUGGUUACGUGGAUGUGAGGUUUUAUUGAAGAAACGACAUGGUCUUUUGAUCGAUAAUUCCAAAAAUUCAACAAAACGUAAACCUCCACUACGUUAUACUGCAGCUCUUCGUGAUUUGAAAUUAUCAUCAUGUCAACAGCCAGGAUUCACUAUGCUACAAAUAUUAUUACCGUAUCAUUUAGAUUUGAUUGAAACAUUUCUAUUUCUGUUUGCUUUAUUUUUAAAAAUCCCAGUACGAUGUUUGCCAAGAAAUGUUAAGUUUGAUUUCGAUACAUUUUAUUCAUUGAUUGCAUGUGAAAACAAUUGUAUAUCACCUACAAUAAUAAAACGUGAAAUAGUAAACUCUGCUAGUUCAAUAGUUAAUGCUAAUCGUCCAACUCGUUCUACGUCAUUUAUGUCAUAUAAGGAGACUGGAUUCACUGGCAAUCGUUCAGUUAAUACGUCUUCAACUGCUAAAAAUAUUAACUCACUGGUGACUAAAUCACCUGUAUUUCCUGCGAAGAAUACAGAUGUCAAUGCAUCACAUAUGCCUAAUUCAUCGAUGUCGACAGUGCCACCUACAUUUGUUGGCAAUAAUCUGACAGGAUCCACUAUUAAUCAAUAUUCAAGUCAAUUCAUAUGCCCUGAGGCGGGCACACUUAUCUUGCAACUCAUUCGUUUCUUAAUAUAUCAGCCUGAAUCAUUUCAACGCUUCAAAAUAACAGAAUUCAACAAUCUUGUAGAGGGCAAAACUCAUAAUCUAUCAGACAACAUGGAAUCCGCUGUCGUUGUUCUUAAAUUUAUGAUUUAUCUAUAUCAAUCAAAACCAGCGGUUCGCCUAGUUUUCACGACACCAGGUUUAUUGAUAAAUUUAAUUGGAUUACUUAUUCCUUUUUCAAAUAUGAACAAUAAUCUGUCUGCAUUUCCCAGUCCUAUAAAACGUUCAUUAUCAAGUCAUAAGAAUCUUGUCGAUCAAUUAUUAUCAUUUUCAUCAUCAUCAUCAUUAUCAUCAUCGUCACCAACAACAUCAAUGCAACCAUCAAAAAAUUCAGUGCAACAAAUUACAUUAGAUUUUAUUAAAUUGAUUGUAUCCGAUAGUUUCACUUUACAUCCAUCAUUUCUACAGCCUACACAUAUAGUGGAUAUAAUUUUAGAAGCAUGGUCUGAUCAGUGUAGUUCAAAGGAACAUCAACAUUUACAAACAUUGAUUUUGUGCAGUUUAAUGGAUCACUUCUUAGCGACUGAUAUUCUAAACGACGAAUCAUUAUGUGUUGAACCCAGCGGAAGUAUUGAUUAUAUUUCAGCGAAUUUAAUCUAUUUUUCUGCGCGUAUCGUCGACAAGCUAUGGCAGGGUUGUUUUAAUAAAGAAGUCAAUCGUAUCAUAGACUUUUUAAUUCAUCUUAUCACUUAUUGGCCAGAUCAAUCUAACGCUGUUACUUCUUCAUCUAAAACAACAGCAGUAACUAAUAAAUCAGAACAUCAUCCAGUUAGUAAGAAUAAUAGUAAUUUAUUGGGUAGUAAAUUUACAAUUCAAUCAUUAUAUCGUAGUUUAAAUCGUACUAUACUUUAUCAAUUAUCGCGUCCGAUUCUUACAAAAGCAGAUCAGUUACAAGUAGUUAAUUUGUUGAAUCGAUUAAAUGAUACUUUAAUUCAAUGUAAUGAUAAUAAUAAUGUGACGAGUACAAAUCCUAUGGAAGCAUUGAAUUUAAAUGUGAAUCGUGGUUAUAUUCCGAUUGAUCAACUUCGAAAUACUACUACACAUUGUCAAGAUCACAUUCCAUUGAUAUUCAAUGCGAUCAAUGAAGAUACUGAAUUUCCAGGAUGUUUAGUUCACUUAUUAAUUCAACUGAUCCGUUUAAAUGAUGCACGAGAUGGAAAUGGAAAUAAUUUAACUGAUUCUUCUACUAAUACAACAUCAUCAACAUUGAGUCAAGUUUCUUCAAUUACGUCAAAUAUGAAGGUUGACAGUUAUCAUUCAAUGGAUAGUAAUGCUACUACUAAUAAUAAUAGUAAUAAUAUAUCACUUGAAUCAUCUGUUAAUUAUUAUCAUACAACAUUUGGAUUUGAUGAAUUGGAGAAUAAUAUUGACGAUACAACAUCAUCUUUAUCAACUAUAACAUCAGAAACCGAGAACAAUACAGUAAUUGCUGUUACAAAACCACAAUUACCAUCAUUAUCCACAGCAGCAUCAAUAAACAAUGAGGAAUUAACUAAUGCUAGUACAAGUAUUACUUUGAAUGAUUCAAAAUCUUCAGCUGAUACUGGUAAAGAAGAGUCAAAUCAAAUCACUUCUAAUUAUGCUAGAGAAAUUGUUCUAGCUGCUUUAAAACUUUGGUCUGAAUGUUAUUUAGCUAAAAAAUCAGUACUUGCACAACUUGUCCCAGAAGCACCACUAGUUAGUGGUUUAUCGGUACCUUCCCUCAAUGAUUGGACCACAAUCCUUGAAGGUCCAUGUUUAAUCGCCUGGGCACAACAUGUUGAUUGCGAAGCUGCAGGCUUAGGUGGUAUUUCACCUGGUAAUUUAUGGGGUCGUAUUCCUGGUACUCCAUUAUACGUUUUAAACAUGAUUAAACAAGAAAAUUGUCCAACUACACCAACUGUAACAACAACUACUGGAUCUGCUCCAACGUCAUCAGGAUUACAACAUCAAAUUUCAAUGAAAUUGAGUAAAGUUUCAGGAAAUGUAUUCAAACUAGGCUCUAGCUCUAAUUCAGGCAUUCCAUCCAACCAAACUAAUGUCAACGAACAAACAGCUGCAUUCAGUACAAACGCAAAUGCAUCGCUUGUCACUAAUAAUGUACAAAUUAACUAUUUAAAUCCAUCUAGUAGUACUGGCUUUCAAAUUAUUCAAGAAAAUGCUAUAGAGGCUAUACAAUCAUGGGCUCCAAACCAACUAAACUUCAUUCACGAAUUACUUGAUCAACAAAAAACACAAUUUUAUCAAAAUUUAUCAUUUAAUCAGCGUCAUCUUGAAAGUGAAUGGGAGAAAAUUGAAAAUGAACUCACAAGAGAACGUGGUCUAUGGGGCAGAAUUACACCGGAUCCUUUGGCCAAAUGGGAACUUGAUCCAACUGAAGGUCCCUUAAGAAUGAGAAAGCGUAUGAUUUUGAAUAAAUCAUUCAAUCUACGUUAUCCUUACAUGCCAAGCUAUUUAACACGUUUGUUAAUUCGUUCUCCGAAUGCUGAUAACUACUAUCCGAGUACAUCAACAUUAACCAAAACUAGAAAACCUCGUAGUCGUGACAGUAAACUUUAUUUUCUCAAUUACAAGUCACAAAGUUUGCUUCAUGAAGACUACGGUCCUUUAACACCAUGGUUAGCACUUACCAAAUCUUCCAAACUGGAAGAAAUUAUUAAAAUUUUAGAAAAGGCAGACAACGAUUCAACCAGUCAGGCAAUACAGACUAAUGAAUCAUGUUUUGACAGUUCCGUUUCAAGUGAUAUUGAUCAACAACGAAAUGAUAACGAUGAUUGUUGUAAAACAAUAAUGUCAGAUUCUGAAUUUACUGAACUAAGUCAAUCGUUGGAUCCAGAAAGUUUGGAAUUGUCAUUACGAAAGACAGCUUCAAUAAUUCGUUCUACACGUAAUUCUGUAUGCAUUGAUCAACAUCAGCGUAGAAAUGAUGAUCUUGAUGAAUUAGUGACUAAUUCAUCACAGUCAGUUGUUGAAGAACCGGAUGAAUUCGAUUCAUAUUGCAAUAUUAUGGAGGAUGUGGAUUCACCAUCACCAUCAUCUCGACAACCGGUAGAUCAAUCGGAUGAUAUCCAUGCUUCUUAUCCUACUACUACUACUAAACAUCAACAACAAUUACACUUGAUGAAAGAUAAUUUAAAUAUCAAUGUAAAUAAUAAUAACAUUAAUACUACUACUGCUACUGCUACUUCUACUACUACCACUACUACUACUACUAAUAUUAAUACUCAUCAAAAUCUAAUCAAAGAUAUACCAAAUCCUAUGAAUAAUUUCAUUGAUACAAAUGAAGAUAAAUUAGCUGGUCAUGAAGCUAUUUUACGUCUAUUAGAACCGGGUGAACGAUUGCAUGUAAUGUAUCGUUGUGCACGUAUAUUAGGUUUGGAUAUUUUUGAAGGUUUAUUAUUAUUUGGCAAAGCUCAUUUCUAUGUUAUCGAUGGUUAUACAUUGAUCAAUACACGUGAAAUAGUUGCCAUCGAUUCAUUGCCAUCACAUAUUAUACAUGAACCAAUUGUACCAUGUGCUUUAAUUGCUGCAACCACAAAAAAUAAUAAUAAUAAUAAUAAUCACAAUAAUAAUAAUAAUAAUACACUAACUCGAUCAUCUAUUGUACAUGUGAAUAAGAAUUCAACAGAUUUAUGGAGUUCUGGAGCGGUUAGUCAAAUAGCUGGAAAACAAUAUUUCAAAUUCCCGUACGAAAAUAUUCAAGAAGUACACAAGCGCCGUUAUUUACUUCAUCCAAUUGCAUUAGAGGUAUUCAAUUCAGAUGGACGUAAUUUCUUACUUGCAUUUAGUAAAGGUUUACAAAAUAAAGUUUAUGAAUGCUUCCAAAAUGUAGCAUCUGCGAAUUCGGAUUUCAAUCAACAGAAAAGCUCUCAAGGUUUUUUCAGCAGUUUACUUGGUGUAAAAUCAGUAGUUCAACGAUGGGAACUUGGCGAACUCAGUAAUUUCGAAUAUUUGAUGUAUUUAAAUACACAAGCCGGUCGUUCAUAUAAUGAUCUUAUCCAGUAUCCUAUAUUUCCAUGGGUACUUGCUGAUUAUGAAUCGGAUGAAUUAGAUCUAUCAAGACCAGAGACAUUUCGUGAUUUAUCUAAACCAAUGGGUGCACAAACACCUGAUCGUUUAGCUCAAUUUCAGCGUCGUUUUAAAGAAUGGGAUGAUCCUACCGGCGAGACACCACCAUAUCAUUAUGGUACACAUUAUUCAUCUGCUAUGAUUGUUGCAUCUUAUCUCUUUCGAAUGGAGCCAUUCGCCCAACACUUCCUCAAGCUACAGGGUGGUCAUUUUGAUUUGCCCGAUAGAAUGUUUCAUAGUGUUCGAGAUGCUUGGAUUAGUGCAAGCAGACAUAAUAUGGCAGAUGUACGUGAAUUAAUACCAGAAUUUUUCUAUUUACCUGAUUUCCUUGUUAAUUCAAAUCAUUUUGAAAUGGGCAUGAAACAGAACGGUGUCGAGGUAAAUGAUGUAGUUCUACCGCCAUGGGCUAAGUCGGAUCCACGUGAAUUCAUACGUGUACAUCGUGAGGCCUUAGAAAGUGAAUAUGUAUCAGCACAUUUACAUGAGUGGAUUGAUUUAAUUUUCGGUUAUAAACAACAAGGUGAACACGCGAUUCAAGCAGCUAAUGCUUUUCAUUAUUUAUUUUACGAAGGUAAUGUCGAUAUCUAUUCUAUAGAUGAUCCAUUGAAACGUUCUGCUGUGAUUGGCUUCAUUAAUAAUUUUGGUCAAAUACCUAAACAAUUAUUUAAAAAACCACAUCCUUGUCGACGUGUGAUUAUUCCACGUCCAUCGACACGUUUUUUUAGUUCAGCGAUUGGGUUUAAUUCUGGUAGUCAAUUAGCAUGUGAAUUAUUCUAUCGAAAUCUUGAUAUUUUAAGACCUAGUCUUCAACCUAUUAAAGAAUUAAAACAUGCAGUUGGUCAGAUUGUACAAUUAGAUCCACAAUUUAUACCAAGUGGUGCAAAUAUGAAUAUGGUUAAUACAGGAGCUUCAGUAAACCGUCCUAUUCUCAGUUUAAACAUCAAUUCCGAUAAUAUGAAUUAUGAUAAUUCUAAUUUUUCUGGGAAUAACAAUUUAGGAGGUAGUGUUCUUGUUGGUAGUUAUCAAACAUCGACUACAACUUUAACUGGUGGACCAAUUGUUGCAGUUGAACAAAAUAAAUGCCUUCUGCCACCGCAUUAUACACAUUAUCUUGCUUGGGGUUUCACUGAUGGAAGUUUACGUUUAGGCUCUCUAUUCGAUGCCAAUGAACGUGUACGAUGUAUAUUUGAGAUGGUUGAUCAAAACGAAAUAUUAUGUUGUACGUCACCAAAUAAGCAUACAAUUAUUACAGCUGGAUUAAGUACUGUAGUACGUGUAUGGUUUCUUAAUUCUCAUGAAGUGGGCAGUAAUAUGACAAGUUCAAGUAAUACUUCCAGUAUUGGCAUGAUGUCAUCAUCGUCAUCAGUUUACGGAUGUCAGUCGUUUGGAGAUUCACGUCUUAAACUUCGUGCAACUCUAUAUGGACAUACCGAUGCUAUAACUUGUUUAGCUGCAUCUGAUUCAUUCAAUCUUAUUGUUAGUGGAAGUCGUGAUAGAAGUUGUAUAUUAUGGGAUUUAAGUCGUUUGUGCUUUUUAAGACAAUUAACCAAUCAUAUUGCACCCAUUGCAGCUAUUUGUAUUAAUGAAGCUACAGGUGAUAUUGUAAGUUGUGCUGGUACACAUUUAUAUUUAUGGAAUUGUAAUGGUGAACCGAUUGCUUCAGUUGAUACCCCAGUCGGUCGUAAUAAACAAAUCCUAUGUGUUUCUAUGAGUACACUUUAUGAUUGGGAUGCUGAAAAUGUUAUUUUGACCGGCAGUUCAGAUGGUGUAGUACGAAUGUGGUGCUUAAAGCACGUUUAUUCUACAGAUAAUGAUACUAAUGCAGUUGACAAAAACAAUUUGAAUAGAAAUCGAAUUGCUGAUGAUGGUAAUCAACACGAGGUUUCUGCUUGUAAUCCAUUACAUGAAAAUACUAUAGACGAAUCUCGAAUGAAGCACUUAUCGACUGUAUCACAAGAUUCCUCUGGAACUAUUGAUUCAUCUUGUUUGUCUACCGAUUUAACAUCGAAUAGAGUAAUUAAGAAAGAUUCUAAUGUUAAGAAAUGGUCUCGUAUUCUAGUAUUUCGCAGUAAACUUACCAUGCAUACAGCUUAUGAACGUUCCGAUAAUAAGUCUCCAGCUGACAUUACAGCCUUAGCAAUAUCUCGAGAUCAUCGUUCAGUUCUAGUUGGUGAUGCUAUCGGUCGAGUAUUUGUUUGGUCUGUACCAUCAGAUAAUUCUCGUGGUGGUAUGACUGAUCAAUGGGUUAAAGAUGAAGGAGCUACAAAUUGUGCAGCUGAUGGUUGUACAACACGAUUCUCUUUAACUGAAAGAAAACAUCAUUGUCGAAAUUGUGGUAAAGUAUUUUGCUCGAAAUGUAGUCGGUUUGAAAGUGAAAUAUAUAGACUAAGGUUGUUUAAACCAGUGCGAGUUUGUCAAUCUUGUCAUAAUGUGUUGAAAUUAAUUCAAGCACCACAAAAUCGAGAUGGAGUUCCAUCUUAAGUAAUGCGUGUGCAAAACGGUUUUAUAAUGUACAUAAUACACAUACCUACACAUAUGCAAACAUUCCCAUUACUAAUCGAAAAUAAACUCAUUUCGCUUGCUUAAUUUUUGUUCAAAAGUAUUUAUACCGAUCGAAAUUUUGUCUUUUUUUUCUCCGUAACGUUAUUCAAGUGUAAUUUUUCUCGCCUUCUUUUAUGACUUUUUCUUCAUUUAUCAAGUUUUUCUUGUGCUUUUUUUUAAAAAAAAACAUUGCCCAUCAUAGUGUCCUUUAAUUAGAUCUACUUUUCGCUAUUGCUGUAGUUGUGAUGGUGGUCGGGUGUGAAUAUAAACUUCUAAGUAAUUAUUUCUCUGAUCACUUUUUAUUUGGCUUUCAUGAUUACAAUGUCUACAUAUGCAUUUUCUUUUCUACUGAGUGUGUUGAGAUCUUGGAACCCUGUGUUUGUUUGUACAUAUCUGAAUUCCGCUUAGAUUACUGCGCCUGUCUUAAUAUUUACAAUUUUGAAAUCCUGUGUAUAGGAUUAUUCAGCUUGAAUAUGCAAUACACGCUUACAUAAAUUUGUGUUGGUAUGGUCGCUUUUUUACCAUUGUUUUGUACUCCGUCUUUUUUCUUAAGAAAGGGAAACUGUAUUGUUUCUUCUUUCAUUUGUGUUUAUUGUUCAGCGAGCUUUGUAUUCUACUAUUGCUAAUUUAUUUGUGUUGCAUUCUCUGUUAUGCAAUUGGAUCUUCCAUCAUACUGUGAUAUGUAUACUUGAGAAAAUAUAUGUUGUGUAUUUUUUUCAGUCAAUCACUUAUUCGUUAUAUAUAUAUUUCAAUUGUCAUAGAUA